GGAAGAGGUACCGAGGAGGACAAGAGGUACAGCCACAUCACCCCAGAGCAAUCACAUAGAAGCUGUGGAUACUGGCUGAAAGACAUCAUGAUUGACUAUGAGCAUCCCUCUCCAUUAAGCUUCAAGCUGGCUGGGAGGAGUCUGUUGAUUUCUGAGCUCCCAGCACACACACAUACGCACACACUGUUGGCCAUGCCUCAGAGAUUUUCCAACCAAAGGAGGAAAGCCAGCACAGAGGCUGCAAGGAGGAUGGAGAGGAGACAAAGGGACCAAGGGAAAAACUGCAACAACAACCGAACCAGCAGCUACAACCACUGCUCCAAGAAGCUGGCCAUGCUCUCCAGAUCCUUGAUCCUGUGUCACUCUAAGACCAGUGAUGACUGUCUAGAAGAGAGGCAUGAUUCGGACAUAUUAGGUGGUUGCAGGACAUGGGGUCCAAGCUGGAAGCCAGAUGUGACUCCUAUGGAGCAAUCAGGGCACAGAGAUGCAGAGAAUGGACACUGGAGGACGGCCCUAGAGAAAAGAGGAGGCAGCGUGGCAGAUAAUCAGGAGCAUCAUACCAUCACCUUCAGGGAGAAUAAAAGGAGCAUACGCAGGUCCUUCAGCAUCAAGGAGAGUAGUAUCUGGAGGAUGUGUGUAGCCACAGGGCCCACUGCGGAGGUGUGUGGAGCACAAAUGGCUGAUAACAGCAUGCAGACAGAAAACAGAGACACUAACCUGGAGCCAGAGAGGAACAGAGGGAAACUACACAGGUCGCACUGCACAGACGCAGGCUACAUCACUCCCUUAAGCUCCACUCGCGGCAUUAUUUAGAAGACGACAACAAACAAAGUUAAGUCUGACACAGAGAAAGGGACCG